UCCACGUGGGUUUGUUUGCGAUGGCGGCCCAGGAGCAGCCGGCGCGGAGCGAGGUCCCGGCUGCGGCGCCAGGCCGAGGACCCCAGCGCCGACGGGUGGCUAUGCAGAUCCCCGAGGCAAUUCUCACCAAUAAGGAGCUGCAGGAGGCAGUUGGAGCCCUCCCCAGCAACUAUAACUUUGAGAUCUACAAGACAGUCUGGAGAAUUCAGCAGGCCGAGGCAACGAGAGUGGCUCUGCAGAUGCCCGAAGGCCUCCUCAUGUUUGCGUGCACCAUCGCUGACAUCAUUGAAAGGUUCACCGGUGCCGAGGUGGUGGUGAUGGGAGACGUGACGUACGGUGCGUGCUGUGUGGAUGACUUCACGGCCAGGGCCCUCGGGGCAGACUUCAUGGUACACUACGGACACAGCUGCCUGGUUCCCAUCGACGCCACGCAGGGGGUGAAGAUGCUCUAUGUGUUUGUGGAUAUCAAGAUCGAUACGUCCCACUUUGUGGAGACCGUCCACUUCAACUUCCCCAAGGGCGCCUGCCUGGCUCUCGUCAGCACCAUCCAGUUCGUCUCCGCUUUGCAGGCGGCCUCCCAGGUGCUGCGCUCUGAGUACAAGGUCAGCAUCCCGCAGUGCAAGCCGCUCUCGCCAGGCGAGAUCCUGGGCUGCACAUCUCCCCGACUGGGGCCGGACACAGACGCCGUUGUGUACCUGGGGGAUGGGCGCUUCCACCUGGAAUCUGUCAUGAUUGCCAACCCCGGAGUUCCCGCCUACAGGUACGAUCCCUACAGCAAAGUCUUCUCCAGGGAGCACUACGCCCACGAGCGCAUGCAGCAUGCCCGGCAGGAGGCCAUCCGCACCGCCGCCCGCGCCCGGAGCUGGGGACUCAUUCUCGGGACCCUGGGGCAUCAGGGCUCCACAUCCAUCUUGCAGCACCUGGAGGGGCGGCUCCAAGCCCUUGGCCUCCCAUUCGUCAGGGUGCUGCUCUCGGAGAUCUUCCCCAGCAAGCUGCAGCUGUUCCCCGACGUGGACGCGUGGGUGCAGGUGGCUUGUCCCCGGCUCUCCAUUGACUGGGGAGGAGCCUUCAGCAAGCCGCUGCUCACACCCUACGAGGCUGCUGUGGCUCUGAAGGAAAUCGAGUGGCAGCAGACUUACCCCAUGGAUUUCUACGCCGGCCAGUCCCUGGGGCCCUGGACAGUCAACCAUGCCAGCCACCAGCCCCAGAGGGGCACCAGCCGGCCAGCGCAGAGGAAGCUGCCUGAACCUGUGGUGCCAGUGGAUGCUGGUGUGGGGAAGAAAUGCACCGACUGCAGCUGUCAAGACAAGGCCCCAUUGCAGCCAGAGCACCCCUGAACCCCCAAACAAUGGGGAUAUCAGCAGGUACAGCCCUGCAGUUACCAGCCUGGAAACAAGCGCUCCCAGCUUUGCUCUCAGGAAGGGCUGUCUCUGACUUCAGAGCUGGUGAAAUGGGCCAGAUCAACAGCCCUAUAGAUUGACUGACUGGCACCCAGAACAGGUACAGAGUAGGCAGUGGCAGGGCCACUCUCUCACUGCCCUGGAGAACCAUCUCUCAGUGUCUGGCCCAUUCAGCCUGAAGUGUUUCCACGGAGGCUGCCUGAAAGAACCGGCUGUAGCAGUGGUUUCUGUGAUAGGAACCAUUCCCUGGGCACUGGACUGAGAUCCCCCGUUAAGGAACAGCUGUGCCCAAACCAUGAUUAAUUUGCAUUGAAAUGUCCUGUGUGUACUACAGAGAGGUGGAAAUGGCCACGCAAAGGCCCUUCAACUCUGCUGGGUUUCGGACAUAGUCUCACUAAUGGGAUGUUGAGAAGCACAAAGUUGGGAGCAGUGCCGAGGUUCCGCUUGUGUUCUGCCUGGGGAAGAUGGAUUUUAGGCCAACACACUGCUCUUUUCCCCUCGGUGCCUCAGCCCCAGUGUGUAGACAUCAAGGC